AUGCUGCAGAACCCUGUAUUGAGAACUGACUUUUUAAAAACAGUCUCCAGCCAUCACUUGACGAAGUCCACCACCAGCUUUGUGCACCGAGAGGAACUCGGCUCCAUCGUACCUGCCAAGGUUUCCUUCAGUAUCGACUCCAUCCUGACUAAACCGGAGUCUGAGAGGCGGUGCAAUCCUUUCCCAGAGCCCCACGCUCUCAAGAACAACAACCUGGACUGGCAGAACAGGCCAGCCGCCAUCCCUUACCCAUUUUCCCUCGGAUACUUGCCUUACCCCGCAGGGCUUCUUUACGCGACUCAGCUGCAGUACCAUCAAGAGGAGGCGCAGGAAAGAUGCGCGUACUCGUACCCCGGCUGCUUUCAAAGAGGUUUGCAGAGUCACAGCAUCGAUUCUGCUUCGUGGAGAGCAGGCUCGUGCAAGAUGAAACGCGUGCGCACUGUAUUCACCCCGGAGCAGCUGGAUCGUCUCGAGAGGGAGUUUCUCAAGCAGCAGUACAUGGUGGGCACCGAACGGAUCGACCUCGCGCAGACCCUCAACCUCUCAGAAACUCAGGUGAAAGUGUGGUUUCAGAACAGAAGGAUCAAGUGGAGGAAGCAGAGCCACGAGCAAAAGAAAGCAAAAAUGGCGCGGCUUGGAGCCACUUUGCCUGACUCACACCCUAAAUCAGAGGAGGAGGAGGAGGAGGAGGAGGGGGAGGGGGGAGAUGACAUGAUUGAAGUUGUGUGA